ACCAUGUGUACUCAAAAUAAUAAAAAUAUUAAUGUAACACAAACAAAAAAUAGUCUUUUAUUGUUGGGCCUGAUACACAUAUUUUCUUUACUUUUCUGCUUUACCUGCAAUCGUGAAUCAUACAAGUAUAAAGCUUAUAGAAGAAGCUACUAAGAUUGGUUUCCAAUGCCUGUGCUUUAGGUUUGCCUGUAUUUUUGUAGCAAAUUUUGCUAGAGAUCCUGACCAUCUAUAUGCAUUUUAAGUUAGGAUGUAUGGUUGCUUGAUGUACUUCUUCCUUUAUACAUAAUCAUUUGACAAUAUUCCUUGUAUUUUAGAGAAUUUAAAUUAGCAGAGUUUAAAGUUUGUUUAAUCAAAAUGAAACUGUGACAAAAUGGACACUGUUUAUCAUGACAGCUCAUUUGAUGACAUUAUCAACGAAGUAUGGAAGAAACCACAAGUAUUAAAUAAAGUAAGCAGUUUUGCGAAACACUGGCGAAAGAAACAUGAGGAGAAAGUCAAAACUCGUAUUUACCAACUCCAAAACAAGAAGCAAACUAGAGACUUAAAAUUGCAAAAACAGGUUACUGAAUUGUUGACUAGAAAACUGCCAUUUGAAUAUCUAGCUCAAGAUUGGCUGGAAGAACAAAAGGUAACGUUAGAAGCUAGAGCUUAUCUCUUAGAGAAACUAAUCCCAACUUUGAUAAUGGGUGUUGAGAAAUUAUUAAUUGAAGUAUUAAAACGAGACAUGGUUGAUGAUCAAACUCUUACUGAGGACUUCAAUCCAAUAAACUUCUUGGCGCAGUUUUUGAUGCGAAACAAUCCCAAAUAUAGUAAUUUUGCAGAAUCAUCGCCAUAUGCUAAAAGUAUUAGAAAGAUGCUGGAUAAUUUAAAGGAAAAAGCAUUUGAUUAUGGUGAUGAAAAUAAACUUUCUCGGUUGAAAGCGGAAGCGAAGAAACGUUUGAUUGAAGCUGAAAAGCUAAAGAAAAUGAACAUGUGGAAAGGAAAAAGUCAACCAGACACUUUAAAGGAAAUGUAUGUGAAAUGGACUGGUGACAGGAAGGCUGUGAUCAGUUUGUCUCUGGUGCAAAGUGCGUUAAGAUCAUUUCAAGAUUCUCUGAUGAUGAUGCCUACAGACAGACAACAAGGUCUAAUGUAUGCUUUUAAAGUUGAAGAGACAGAUAUCACUGGUAAACUUAUCAACAUUAAAGAUUUUGUUGAGUAUGUUGGGAAGCACAUUUCAACGCUGAGUGAUGACGGCUUCUGUAAAUUUAUGCAGCACAUGUCUCGUCUAGCUGACGAGUACAGACAAAAUAUUGAGCAAGACGCUUUAAGGAACAUUUUUGGUCGUCUAUUCGUUUUUUGUGAUCAUGGAAAGACUGGAUACUUGGAUAGAUUGAGAGUUUUGGAGCUGCUAGAAAUGUUCUAUGAUAACAUUCAGGGCGACUCUAAAGAAUACUUAAGUAACCCACGAAAAUGGCCUGUUGUGGAAUUAGAAGAAGAGGAAGAUGAGAUCGAGAAAUACAUUGUCGAUCAUAACUUAAAGGACUUGCCAAGCCAAGAUGAUAGAAAAGAAAACAUUGCACAUGGAGAAUCAUUUGAUGGUGUUAAAUCUGGUGAUGACAAUUCCACAGCGACUCGUGUAGGUGGUGUGGAUGUUAAAGUCAAAAGUAAAAAUGACAAUCCAAUGAAUGAUGUCAUGAAGAUAUCAGUUGUCACAUCACCUGAAUCAUCAUGUGCAGAGCUUAAUAAGAUGGCGGAAAGUGAUAUAGAAUCUUACUUUUCUGAUCAAUCCUACGCGAAUACAGAACAGAAGCAGAUGAAAUAUAUUGACGAAAACGGAAAGGUUCAUUUUGCUGCUACUGGAGUGAACAUUGAGAACGAUGUAAAAGACAUUAUGGAGAGUGGUGCAAGCAGUAGUGAACCUGAAACGCUUUUUGGCGUUUCUCGACCAUUUUCCUUCACCACGCCUCAGGCAUUCAAUAAGACUUCGCUAAACGAACAUCAAUUUAUUAAUUUGCUGAUGACGUUUUUAGGAGAAUCGCCAAGAGGUGAAGCAGUUGAACCACUUGUAAAAUUUAUCAGAGCUGGUUACAUUGAAACGGUAUUGGAAAGAACUGAGCGAAUUUAUCAGAGUCGCAAAGAAGCUGAUUCAAUGCGACGUCGCAUGCGCGUGGACCAAUUAUUCGAAUUUUGGGACAUUGAUGGUUCUGGCUAUUUAGAAAUUGAAGAAAUUGAGAUGGUCUUAUCAAAAUGGAGAGAAGAUAAUUUGCACGAACAUAUGUUGAAAGAAGCUUGUGAGGUAUUUGAAGAUGUGUUUUCAAAGAUUACAAAGAAGUCCUUCAAACGGAUUGUGGAUAAGAUAUGUGAUAUGUUCGAAGAAGAGGAUGUUUUUGACUCGCUUAUCCAGUUUCUGACAAAAAGUGUGCAGAGAUCUUAUGAGGAACGCAAAAGAGGUGACUACCGCAAGAAGUGGCUUCAGUCUAUAGAUUUUAGUGCUCGCACAUCGGGUGGCAUACUCAAGCCGGUGUUCAAAACUGUUUUUGGAGUCGUUGAUUAUGAUGCAGAAAGACACGGUGACAUGAAAAAGACAUGCGCUUAUGUAGCUUUGUUGGAACCAAACGAUAACAAAAACCCUGCGGUGAAGGGUGAAGAUGUAUUGCGUUAUGUAGCUUGCUCAGCGAGUGACACCGACACGGUGCUUCAACGUGUUCUCCAUCGUGGUAUGAAAUCUAUUAGUUUUAAUGCUAUUGAUUCUGGCAAACCAAUAUAUGUUCCACGUGUGUUGCAACAUGGUGGUGUUCAUUUGUGGAAUCCAGUACGCAGAGAAGAGAAAAUAGAGGGUUCGUUUAUAUCAUUGCCGUUAAAAGACCGCGACAAGAAUGUUAUUGGUAUGCUGGGAAUUGACACAUUAGCUGACCCUCAUGAUAGAUCAAUAUUCAUGGCUCAUGAAAUUUCGUUUUAUCAGGGACUAGCUAAAGCUCUUAGUCAAGCUAUUCAAUUUGUUGAUAUGCGACAAAAGACGCUGAAAGUUUCAGAGUCUGCCGUGGCGUGGAUUUUGCGUCGAAGUCCGAAUGUGCAUGAAGUGACGAUUUAUCUUGUUGAGCCAGCUCUAAAGGCUUCGACAGGCUCGGUGAUAAGAAGAAUGGUGACAUUGGGUCAAGGAUAUUCUCAAAGACCCACACAGACCCCUAGGUUGGAGCGGAAGGAUAACCUCUUCAGGGAUUAUUUAUUUAAAUGCAUUGACGCCUCGGAGACGUUGACAGCCGACGCAUAUGGUGAGCGUCACUUCGCCUUUCCAUUGCGUGACGCUGAAGGGAUGGUGGUGCUCAUCGUAGACAUCAGUAUAGAUAAAUCAAAGACACUUGCAUCACACGAGCGAAAAGAAAUUCAAAGGAUGCUUAAGUUGCUUGAAAUGGCGCAUAAAGAGAUGAGUAGCGAGGAAGCUGGCCAGGAUAAACAUAUCGUUUUAGAAGUGGAGAAGGAACAUGAAAAUCAAAGAAUUGAUGUCUUAUUUGAUCGCAUCAUGUUGCAGGACCUGAGAACUAACGUCGGAAGACUGGAUGCUGGAGCGUUUGCUGAAAUCAAAAGUUACAAGGACCCUCCCAAGAUCAUUCACGACAUCCUAAAAGCAGUAUUGGGUUUGUACUUCAGUGCGAAAGAUGAUGAGGAGAUCGAAGUCAAGCUAGAAGAAUGGACGACAGCUAAACAGCUAGUGAAUAACGAUCUCAUCAAGUGGAUGAUGUCUUACGAUCCCACAGCUCGUUCUAAUAUUGGAAGAGGAGAGGCGAGGCUGACAGAAUACCUGUCAGAUGUAAUGCCAUACGCAGUUGCCAAACACGGCUCGCUUCCCGCUCAAUACCUUUUCAACUGGGCGUUCGUUUGUUUAUCAUUGAUCGAGCACACCAAUAAAAUGCAAAAUAUACGUUACACCAAAGUCUCGUUGACACGUGAAAACGAGGCUAAUUAUGCGAAUACUGUUAACCCGGAGUGAGGAAAUAAUAAAUUUAUUUAUUUAUUUGAAUUGUUUUUAGUUUAUUGUAAAUAUUUUCUUAAGGGCGAGUUUUAACGCGAAAAUUUGUUUUUAUUUUUACAAUAAAUUUAACUAAAGUUUUGCUCUUUCAUGAGUGUAUAUUAUUAGAAAAACUAAAAAUAAUAUAUAAUCAGUGCUUUAGAAAGCAUUGUUUGGGGGGAUGGGCGGGGCUACUUUUAUUUUCUCCAUAAGUAACAUUAUGACACUCCGAGAGCAUCAAUUUUGACUUCACUUUGUGGAGAAGGAUGCAUUUUUGCCAACGAAACGUUUACUAUAAAAAAUAACAAUGGCUAUUUAAUGAUUGUGUCGAAUGUGUUUUUGUUUUUUUCGUAAAACAACAUGACUUCAUUUUGACGUGAUAUGGAUAUUCAAUAUGGAGGACGGAAAGUUGCUUUUUUUCUUUUUGAAUAUGCUGUGAACUAAUAAUAACACCCCAGGAAAAUUUCUUUCUUUUUUGUAAGGACGCAUGAGGUCGAGAUGACUUGCAGUGUCUUCUAGAAAUUUCACUUCACUUUUUAGAAUUACCCCAGUGGAUUGUAUAUAUAGUAUUUUAAUUUGAAUUGGUUUGCAUUUAAUAUAUUUUCAUAUAAAGUUUGUAAUAUAUUAAAAAUGUUGAGUAUUAUUUUUCCUAAGACAUUUCAAAGUUGAACUGUUUUAAA